CAUGCACCCCAGACGCCAAGACCCCGCAUGGUCCUCACAAUUCAUUCUUCGCAAUCUAGCCGAAGCUCACCGGCCUUGGCUCCAUUUCAACAACCUAUCAGCGCAACUGCGAUUAUGACCAGCAAUCUCGUGGGCCUGGUUGCUGUAUAGCAGCUUUUGAGCAGCAGGAGCAAGAGAUGGAAGGAGAGAAGCAGUGCACGCGUAAGAUCCGGGUGUCCAGAUGGCUGUCGGCAAACCCAGGAGAUAUCCCGAGAGGCAACAUCUGGCAACCGGGCAUAUAAUAAGAGAGGGCGCCGUCGCCGUGGCUUUCGUGCGUCUCGUUCUCUUGGCCAACUCGAUUCACGACUUCGAGACAACAUCGCCAUGGUUCACUUCUCGCAGGCUUUCGCCGCCGCUCUUUUGGCCUCCGGUGUCGUUGCCCACCCGGGCGGCAACACCAACAAGGAAAUCCUCAGGAGGCAGGCCCAUCUUGACCACCCCGAGCGACGAUCCGUGCAGUCAUGCAAGAGGGACCUUGUGGAGAGCGGCUGGGUCAGGGAGCAGCACUUGAGGCGUGAGGCUAGGCUGCACGAGCUGCGAGUUGCUGCCGGCUUUGCGAAGCCUGAGGAUAUUGUUCGCCGUGAUGUCGGCGAGGUUGAGGACGAGUAUGGUGUGAGCGCGGCUUGCACCCUUGAUCCCGAGGCCACUGAGGGCCCCUACUGGGUCAUUGGUGAGCUCAUCCGCCAGGAUCUCCUCACCGGCGAGAAGGGCGCUGUGACGCACUUGGAUAUCAACGUCGUCGACACGUCGACCUGCAAACCUGUUACUGAUGCCUACGUUGAGAUGUGGGGUACCAACUCCACCGGCGUGUACACCGGUGUCCAAGCACGCGGCAACGGCGACGGCUCCGCCACCGCGAUCGCAACCAAUGCCCUGCGUGGCCUGCAGAAGACGGGCACGAACGGAACUGCCACGUUCAUCACCCUCAUCCCAGGACACUAUGUUGGCCGAACCAACCAUCUGCACACCAUCAUCCACCACGGCGCCACUCUCCUCCCUAACAACACCAUCCAGGGCGGCACCAUCUCGCACGUCGGCCAAUUCUACGUCGAGCAGACCUUCCUCGGCCAGGUCGAGAAGACGGCUCCCUACAACACCAACAAGCAGGCCCAGACGACCAAUGCCCAGGACAUGCUGUUCAACAUGGGCAAGCAGGGCGGUGAUGACCCAGUGUUGAAGAUCUCUCUCAUUGGCAGCACGAUUGAGGACGGCCUUUAUGCGACUAUCGAUGUUGGUGUUAACCCCAAGGCCAGGCAGAACCCGCAGCCUGUCAACAUGUGGACGGCGCAGGGUGGUAAGCCGGUACCCAACAGCCCCUGGACUGGAUAUCCGGAUAGCUGCAGGUACUGCGGUUUCCGCCCGCCGAGGAAGGAGAAGAAGGAGGUCCUCUAUGAGGCAUAGAGGGGUUUGUUGAUGCUUUGGCGAGUGAUAGCGGAGAGUCGAGCAGUUGGAGAUUGAGCAGAGUUGUAGAU